AAGUCUGUCACAUUCAAGACCAAGAUGCCGCAGCAGAAGCGGCGAUCCAGCAGCUACUGCUCGGACAACGAGUCCAAUUGCUCCCAGGGGGACGGCGGCGAGGAGGCCAACGUCGCCGGCGGCGGCACCGUGAAAGUGCGGGCCGGCCGCGGGUCUGCGGCCGAUCCCCAGAGCCUCUAUGCGAAGAGAAGAAGGGAGAAGAUUAACGACAGACUCCGAGUCCUGCAGAAGCUGGUGCCCAACGGAACCAAAGUGGAUCUCAGCACUAUGCUGGAGGAGGCAGUCCUCUACGUCAAGUUCUUGCAGCUACAGAUCAAGGUGCUCAGCUCUGACGAGAUGUGGAUGUACGCGCCGCUCGCUUACAGCGGCAUGAGCUUCGGAAUCGAUCUGAGGAUCACCCCUCAGUGAUGAGCUUUUUCUUUUAUUUAAGAAGAAAAAACCAUGAUGAACUUGACUCGCUUGAUUUCCAUCUCAACGUGGCGAAAACUAACCGUUCUGAAAGAGGAUGAACUGUUAAGGACGAUCCAUGCUUACCAAUGUAAUACUGACGAUGUUACAGAAUUUCUGUACGAUGGGUUUGCAGUUGUCUUCCUUUGCAAGAAGCCAAGAAGCAAUUUUUCUGGUCACUCGCCAGCAUGUCUCCACAAAUCAUGAUCAAAGUCACAAAUGCAAACGAGGCUUUGGUCUUCACAGGUCCUGCACUUUUGUAGUAGAUCAGCAGAACGUGUGCCGCCGGGAAUGCAAGUCUUUUUUAGUAGAGCACGUAGUAGGAGCUGCAGAAGACACGCAUUAUGUAAUCACUGAUAUAAUGUCAGAGUAGAUUCCGUAUUUUCUCCGGUUGAUUAUUGUUGAUGAAAGGAGAGGAAUAAUACUAUACUAGUUACACAAAAUGUAA